GCAAUGAUUGAUUAGUAAUAAAUAAUAUAUUAUUUACGUUUGGGCCCAAAGAUACUUAGAAAUAUCUCAAGAAUGCUUCAAAUCUCAAACACUUUUUAAUACGCGCUUAUUACACUUUUUCAUUUGACUUGCCGGAGCUAUCUCACUGCGCCGCCGCAGAACAUGUCGUCAACCACCGCAUCCGGCGGAGACUCUCCCUCUCGCCACCUCGACACGCCGACGCUAGACAGGGAGUACUCGGCGCUGCUCCACGCCAUUUCCGAGCACGGAGGCUAUGCCUACGUCAGCAUGGCGGCGCUAGCUGCCGGGGGUGAAUUUCGCGCGGCGGAGGCGGCGCGCGAGAUGGCGUGGGAGCAGCUGCACUCGGGGCCGUGGCACUCGGUGCUGCCGGUGUGGCGCGACGCGUACUCCAUGGCGUGCCUCCACGUGGCGAAGCACCACUACGGCAACGGCGAGUUCAAAGAGGCUCUAAGGGUUUUGGAUAUGGGAAUCAUCAUGGGAGGGACGCUACUCAGAAGGGAUUUGGACUCUGCCGUUGAGAAAGUGUCCGAAGAAACAAGGAGCGUUAGGGUUUCUGAUUUGGGAAACUCCGAGCAUCGACUCGUUGCUCACGAUUUUGAUGUGAUUGAGGUGCUCCAACUUUUACCUGUCAAGUCCCUUUAUUCUAAGCUUGUGGUGAAGAAGUCCGCGCCAUCAUUGGAAAAAUUCCUCAAAGAUCAUUACCUGUCUGGCUCCCCAGUUGUUAUUAGUGAUUGUAUGGUUCACUGGCCAGCCAAGAUGAAAUGGAAUGAUGUUGAUUACUUGCUAAGAGUUGCUGGUGACCGCACAGUUCCGGUUGAGGUUGGGAAGAACUAUUUAUGUGCAGAGUGGAAGCAAGAGCUAAUUACAUUUUCAGAGUUUCUUCAGCGGCUAAAGUCUGAUGACUGUUCUCCCGGUGGUCCUACAUAUCUAGCUCAGCAUCCAUUAUUUGACCAGAUAAAUGAGCUUCGGAAAGAUAUCUUUAUCCCUGACUAUUGUUUUGCUGGCGGAGGGGAGCUACAAUCUCUCAAUGCUUGGUUUGGUCCAGCUGGAACAGUAACACCAUUACACCAUGAUCCACAUCAUAACAUACUGGCUCAGGUUGUUGGGAAAAAAUACAUUAGGCUUUACUCAUCAUCUUUGUCUGAGGAACUUUUCCCCUACUCUGGUACCAUGCUUUGCAAUUCUAGCCAAAAUUUCUUGUUUUUGAAGGUUGAUUUAGAUGACAUAGAUGAAAGGAAGUUUCCCAAGGUGCAAGACUUGGAAUUUGUAGACUGUAUUCUAGAGGAGGGCGAAAUGUUAUAUAUCCCGCCAAAAUGGUGGCACUAUGUGCGGUCUUUAACUACCAGUUUAUCGGUUAGCUUUUGGUGGAGUGAGGGUGAAAGUUCGGAUGCAUCCUAAUGUUAUAUCAUCUUGAUGUUUACAUUUCAUUCUUUCUUAAUGUCGAACUGUGCAUGUUCUAAGUAACGUUGCUAAUAUCUAUGUGACUGGUCUUUUUACGUCCCAGUGCAGUAGAAUCCUCGUGCUUAAACAUCAUUUUUGGCACUUGCCAUCAUUAAUAAAAUAUAUAUAAAAAGAAAAACGUGCAAUAGAGCUGCUAGGCACAUUUGAUUGUUCUUGACUUUUUUACCCUUCAAUUACUGAUCAUAAAGGUUUUGAAACGCAGUCGCAAACACUAAACUAAUCUGUUAGUACUCUGUUUCUUGUUGACUUCAUUCGUACUGAAAGCUUCUGCAUGCGCGGGAAUGUUUCAUCUGAGUAGGUUGUUUAAGCUGGGGAGUUCAGCUAUAUAAUUAAUUUUCCCCAACCUUCUAUAGUUCUCUGAUAAGACCGUUGGUUUGAUCUAAUGAAUUCGAUAAACGCCAUACUGUAAAGUAACACAAACAAAAUCGGUGGUAUGUCCCCUUCAAUACCAAUAAUUGCUAUUUGCUACUAAACUGUCCUUUUUCCAACACUUAUUCAUAGUAAUUAGAAAAAAAAAAAUCCUUUAUUAGUUAGUCUCUUUAUUAUUCAUGAACACUGCAACUAAUAAGAACUCGUCUAUGUCUAGUAAAAGUUAGUAAAAUAAGCGAAGAGGGUAAUAUUAUCCUUGGGAUUCUUGUGGUCGAAUAUGAGAAAAAUAAGACAAGGUCAGUGAUCAGCCAGAGGUGAAAACAUGUCGGUGCUUUACGUUUUCUCUAUUCUGAACUACAUAAAGUUGAGAACAUUCAUAAUUUUAAUUGCCA